AAAGAAUGCUGUGGGCACUCUUUUUCCUGGUGACUACUAUUCACGCUGAACUCUGCCGUCCAGAUGCAGAAAAUGCCUUUAAAGUAAGACUUAGCAUCAAAGCAGCUCUUGGAGAUAAAGCGUAUGUCUGGGACACAGAUGAAGAAUAUCUCUUCAGAGCAAUGGUGGCAUUCUCCAUGAGAAAAGUUCCCAACAGAGAAGGAACAGAAAUUUCCCACGUCCUGCUUUGCAAUGUAACCCAGAGAGUGUCAUUCUGGUUUGUGGUCACAGACCCUUUGAAAAACCAUACUCUUCCUGCAGCUGAAGUACAGUCAGCCAUAAGAAUGAACAGGAACCGGAUCAACAGUGCAUUCUUUUUGGAUGAUCAUACUCUGGAAUUUUUAAAAAUUCCUUCCACUCUUGCUCCCCCGAUGGAUCCAUCUGUGCCCGUCUGGAUUAUUGUAUUUGGUGUGAUAUUUUGCAUUGUUACAGUUGCAAUUGCACUACUGGUUUUAUCCGGAAUCCGGCAACGAAGAAGGAACAAGAAAGGACCACCUGGAGUGGAGGAUGCAGAAGACAAGUGUGAAAACAUCAUCACAAUUGAAAAUGGCAUCCCUUGUGAUCCCUUGGACAUGAAGGGAGGGCACAUUAAUGAUGGCUUCUUGACAGAGGAUGAGCGUCUCACCCCUCUCUGAGAGUUACAGUCUUGUAAGAAAAUUUCAAGAUGCUUGAAUGUGAUAGACAACAAUAGACCACUGAAAUCAUAAGGAGUUAGUUGGCUUCUCAAAAUAUUCGAGAAUUUUCUUUUUGAUAACCAAAUAUGUAAAUGUAGUUACACAUGUUUGUAGUUACUGAUUUGAGCAUCUUUAGAAAUUAAGUCAGGGCUAUAACUAUAUUUCAUAUUUUGAAGACCUAAGGAAAAAUUCUUACCACUGGAGAAUGACUAUAGCAUGGCACAGAAAUAAUUAAAAAUGGAUCUUUUUGAAUACUGUUUAUAUUAGUCUGUACAUGAUGAAGCAAGGAAAAGUAAACAUGAGAUGGAUGAAAAUGGUAAUGGAAUUUUAUUCUGUUCUCACACAAACAGCUGCUUGUAUAUUUUAUACAUAUUAGCCUUUAGUAGGGCAAGAGGAUCUUUUUGUUGUUUGCUAUUUGCAAUUUGUACAAGUCCUAUCUACGCUGAUAUAAUAAAAGUAGUGAUCAUCUC